AUGGCUUCGCAUCACCCACGCGAUGGCGGCCAGAACGCCGACAGCAGAGGCCUGGGUGCAGACUUCACAAACAAUGUGGUCGCUGCCAUGGGCCCAAACACUUCUCCGCGACUUCGCGAGGUCAUGGAGGCCCUCAUCAGACAUGUCCACGACUUUGCUCGCGAGGUUCAGCUUACCACUGACGAGUGGAUGGCUGGUGUGCAAAUGAUCAACUGGGCCGGGCAGAUGAGCGACGACAAACGCAACGAGGGACAGCUGCUUUGUGACGUCCUAGGCCUGGAAUCACUUGUGGACGACAUCACCUUCAGCGCUGCGCGGGAGCGCACCAAUGGGCUAACUGCAUCUGCUAUCCUGGGACCCUUUUGGAGAGCCGAUACUCCGAGCCGCGAGAACGGAUCUAACAUUAGCUUCGACACGCCAGAAAACGGCGAGCCUGUGUAUAUGCAUGGCAAGGUGAUCGAUGUGGAGAGCGGCGAGCCUUUGCCAGAUGCCACCGUCGAGGUCUGGCAGGCAUCGACCAACGGCCUCUACGAACAGCAAGAUCCGAAGCAGCAGGAGCACAACUUACGAGGGGUCUUCAAGACGGAUUCUCAAGGACAGUACUUCUUUCACUGCUUACGUCCGACGCCCUACCCGAUCCCGCGAGAUGGCCCGGCAGGCAAGCUGCUCGACUUGAUGGACCGCCAUGUCUUCCGGCCAGCACACAUCCAUCUAAUGGUUUGUGCGAGCGGUUACAAGACAUUGGUCACUCAAAUCUUUGACCAAGGCUGCAAGUACCUGAGCAAUGAUUCCGUCUUUGCUGUCAAAGACGAAUUGAAGGUGCAAUUUGAUCCCCGCAAUGGCGAUGCUAUAGCUAGACUGGAGCUUGAGUACAAUAUUAGCCUUGCCAAGACUGCUUGA